AUGUUUUUUUUGAAAGAUUUAUCGUUAAACCUAACGUUGCAUCCAUCAUAUUUCGGCCCUCAAAUGGACCAAUUCUUAAGAGACAAACUAUUGAGUGAUGUCGAAGGUACAUGCACUGGUCAAUUCGGAUACAUCGUAUGCGUGCUAGAUUCCAUGAAUAUCGAUGUUGGGAAGGGAAGAAUUAUUCCAACCACGGGGAUGGCUGAGUUUGAGGUAAAGUAUAGGGCAGUUGUUUGGAAACCAUUCAAAGGUGAAGUUGUUGAUGGUGUGGUAACCACUGUUAAUAAAAUGGGCUUUUUUGCUGAUGUUGGACCAUUGUCGGUCUUUGUUAGUACCCAUCUAAUACCAUCAGAUAUGAAAUUCAAUCCAUCGGCCAAUCCACCAGCUUACUCAAGUCCUGACGAAAAUAUAGAGAAAGGAUCAAAAGUUCGAUUAAAGAUUGUUGGGACAAGAACAGAUGUUAACGAGAUCUAUGCGAUCGGUAGUAUCAAAGAGGACUACCUAGGACCAAGUCCUUUGUGA